AGACAUUCCCUCGACGCUCGAAUCUCGCCAAGACUGCUUAUAUAGCUUCAAAUGGAUACGUGCUUUGAUACUUGAUUCAAAGCCCCCAUUCCUCAAACAAGCCAGCUUUCAGACGCUGAUCUCCUCGGCCCGUAUACCGUGUCUCACUCGCUUCUUUGACAAGGGAGUUCAAACGCUCCAUCAAAGAUUCUUCCCGAGGCGCCCCGUCAUCUGGUAUCGUUCCACUGGGCUCAAUCUGAACCCCAAGUCUUGACAACCGCACGAGUCUCGCUGGACCCUGUCUACCGGUACCUAGGUACCUUACCCAAUGGCUUCUCAAGCUCGAGUCCUCAAGUUCCCCCGGAGUGACGACAAAUCUUCCUUUGUCCUUUUGCAAGCCACACCCGAGGGUUCAAAGCAACUUGAUUUGAAGCUGGUGGGUACUGAAGGAGAGGAACCUUAUGUCGCAUCUUUGAAACAUGAUAGGGUCGUGUCUCUCCGUGUGAAGAAUUGUCCUGCUUCAGAGAGCGAAUGGCAGCGGAUUCUUGAAGACUUGUUUCAGCAGGAACCCCUUCCAGAUAUUCAAGCCACAGCCACGGUCCAGAGCGACAAGUCUAUUUCAAUCACCAUUCGAAAGGACAUACAGGGUAUCACUCAACGUCUGGGCUCAAUCACCCUCAAUCAUGAUCCAGAUGAGGCCAUUGAGUUAUUCGAUUGGUGUGGUGCAGCGGUCGAGUCCUCUGCCUCAAGUAAACAAACUGCGGCAAACCUGUCGGCAAAAUCCUCCGAGUCGGAGGCUCUUGUGGCCCAGCUUCAGUUACAGCUGGAAGAGUUAAUCAAGGCGAAAGAUGAGGAUGAAACAGCGUUGCUAAGGAAGUUUAGGGACCUCCUAAACGAGAAGAAGCUCAAAAUUCGUGAGCAGCAGCAAGUAUUAGCAACACUAUCAACAAAUCCCAGCAUGGCGGGCCAAUCUCAGCAUUCCCAGGCUGUUGAAGCCUCGGUUCAGCAACCGAAACCAAGGAAGCCUACUCGUCAAGCUGGCAAGUCAAGGGCGUCGAAAAGAAAGGCUCCCGCAUCAAGAAGACUUGAAGAGUCAGAAGACGAUGACGCUGUUGACACGAUGAGCGUCGACCUUAAGCAGGAGGCCGUGGAUACGGAUCCCGGAAACACCACAGAAGCGACAGCAUCCGUUGAUAGCGACGACGAAGAUGGCGAUGGACUUGACCCAGGUCCCCCUCAGCAGAACAAAGCACCAGACGCUGUUUCACGGGGAAAGACUCCUUCCAAAGAGAGCGAAAGACCGCCGCCACCGCGAGCUCUCCCGUUCGCGACAAAGAAAUCAACAAAAGCUACACCUGCACCCGCUCCUGCAGGGAGUGACACUGAAUCUGACGAUGAGCUGUGAAUGACGAUUGAUGACAGUUCGCCGGUAUAGCGUUGUGCAUUGUGUUCUCC